AUGGCACCCAUUGAACGCAUCACCCUCUUCAAAAUCCCCGACGAGGCGGGCCGGGACCGUGUCCUGGAGCAGUACAAGGUGAUGGCGAAGACGGCCACGAAGGACGGCAAACCCUACAUCGUCUCCGCGGCCGCCGGCGCCACGAUCCCGGACCCGCGCACCCACGGGUUCAACCUCAGCGUCAAGACGACUUUCGCUUCGAUGGAGGAUAUGAAGUACUACGAUAAUGAGUGCGAGGCGCACAAGGCGCUUAAGGCGGUUGCGGGGCCGGUGAAGGAGGAUGUUCUGACGACUUAUUUUGAGAGCGUCUUGUAA